AUGGCUCGCGCCAGGCACUCCAAGGUGAGACCGUACAGUGCAGGCCCGGUCCACACGUUCCACCGCAGCCUGGGUCCGACUCUGCUGCUCGCCCAGUUGUUCGGGCUGUUCCCUGUGGCCGGUGUGCUCGACGCCUCUCCCCGCUACAGACGGCGCAGCCUCCGGGUUCUCAUGUCCCUGGUCAAUAUCAUCGCCACAAGCACCAUCACUGUGCUCGGAGCCUUCUGGACUGCCUCAAACAUCACUGUCUUCAGAGCAACAAAGGUACUGUUCUUCGCUAGCUCAGUAGCAGCUUGCACUCUCUUGCACCGCUUGGCGUGUGCCUGGCCCCGUCUGGCUAGAGACUGGAGACAUGCAGAGAUCGUCACCGCGCACAUCGGCUACCCUCCCAAUACUGUUCUUUACUGUCGUGUUUUCGCCUGCGUCUUCUUCAUCUUAGCGAUCGUGGAGCACACCUUUGCUGUGACGGAUGCCGUGGUACGUAUCGCGGGCGAGGACACCUGGACCGGAGUGUUCCGCAGGUUCUACAUCAAAUGGUUUCCCCAAGUGGUGAUGGUGGUACCGUACACCCCAAUCCUCGGACCACCCGUCGUCAUGCUGAACAUCUUGGCCACUUUCACCUUUAGCUACCUGGAUCUCCUCAUCAUCGUCAUCACAUAUUGUCUCUCCGGAAUGUUUAGGCAGUUCAACAAACACAUGCUUAAAGUCUCUGAACAGGUGGCAAUAGUUUAUUAUACUAUCUUUAAUUUCUGCUGUAGUUUCAAAAACACGAUAAAGUUAAAUUAUGGGAAAGAGUAUAUUUUUAUACUGGAGUCAAUAAUUCUUUCUCUAGUACUCUCUUUUUCUUCUCUGCAGUUUUGUAAACCUAGAUUUGAAUUUCCAAGGCCAUACUGGAGAGAUCUAUACCAAGAUUACCAAGUGUUGAGGGACCUCGUGGCAAAGGUGGACAGCCAUAUCUCUCGCAUGGUGCUGGUUUCCUUCACGGUUGACACAUACCACAUAUGCCUCCAACUCUAUCAUAGUCUUCGCCAUAUCUCCCGCAUGGUGCUGGUUUCCUUCACGGUUGGCACAUACCACAUAUGCCUCCAACUCUAUCAUAGUCUUCGUCCUCUUCCAACGACUGCCAGCAAAAUAUACUUCGCUUUGUCCUUCGGGUUCCUGAUAAUGAGGACUGCCGGCGUGUGCAUCUCCGCCGCUAAUAUCCACGAUGAGGCUGCAGCCUGCAAGUAUGCCCUGUUCGCAGUACCUCCCCAGGAAUACUGUGAUGACGUAGAGCGAUUCAUAUUCCAAGUAUGUAAUGACCAUGUCGCCAUAAGUGGAUUCAAUUUCUUUAUUAUAACGCGACGAACACUACUUACAAUCAUUGGACUGGCGAUAACGUACGAGGUGGUAAUGUUCCAAGUAAACACGAUGGCUGAAGACGAGGACGAAGGGAAACACAUCAAAAACACAACUUUAAACUUACCUACUUAAACAAACACUGGCGUUUGUUUACAUUUCAGUUUUAGCUAUUGAUGCACCUCUUAUCAACACAAUAUAUUUUUUAUUCUCAUCAAAAUGUAAGUUACUUUCCAAUUUGAGUACAUGUUUAUAGGUAACACUGAAAAAUGAGUCCGAGUUGUUAUCGACAUCUUUUAUUGUACUGGACAAAUUUGAUGUCUGUCAAUCAGCGCAUUUUUACAUGUGCAAUAUCUUUAUAUACCAUUUCUCAACAUUCACAGCCUCGAUUCGCAAGAAUAAAUCAGUACAAUAAUUUACUAGAACAAUCAGUUUCAACUGAAUAUCAAAAUACAAAAA